AAGACUGGAAGAAUGCAUCCCAGCAUGGGGUGGGGUGAGCAAGACCCAAACUAACCCUUUGGCUUUCCUUUGCAGAGACACUGGCACGAACGUCCAGGAACCAAACACUCAUCAUCAGAGCUCAGAAGGUCCUCAAUUCCACCAGAGGUCCGGUUACUGAAUUAUUCGUCAAUGACUGCUACUCUCUUGCCAGGGUCUUUGGCGCCUUUCUCCCUGCGGAGCAGCUCUUGGAGGCCAUGUGCUUCCUGGCCAGCAACCUGGUUCUUGAGAGCAGCUUCAACCCCUUGGACAUCUCCCACCUGCUGCAAGAGUUCAUCAAGCAGUUUAGUGGCAAAGCAGUAGAGGUGGAGGUGCUGCUGGAGGCCUUCUACAAAUUCACCCAGGGGCCUACAGUGGAGGGCAGAAACAUGGCCGUCUUCACUUUCUCCAUCUUGUCACACCACCACCUGGUGAAAGUGGUUGAAUACCUCCUCCAGUUUCCCUUCGGAGGCUGCCAGAGAAUAUGGAAGGAGGUUUUAGCAUCGGCCAACCCAGAACAACUGAUCCAUCUCAUGGCCGAGCAGCUUUACCAAAGCCCCUUGGCGGAAUCUGCCAACCAAGUGGUAAGGACCAACCACCUGCUUUCUGGCUUCCUUCUUCCCAGGGUGAUAUCGAGGGGUUUCCGUAUUCUGCACAAAAGCAGGGAAAGUGACUUGCACCUCUCUCUCUUCCAGGAACAUCUCACCAGCCUGUUGCACACCAUCUUCAGGAUGGAGGAAUACAAGGCAGCUGUGCGCCGGAACUUCCCACAGCUGCUGAUCGCUCUCCUGGGGAUGGUUGUCAACUUCCACUAUGACCAGGAAUUCCUCGGUUGAGUAGUGUGCUGCAAAGACGCCAAUGGAGUCCUUUUCCCUUCAAGCUCUGGGUGUUUCCAGUCCAGCUUGAUUUUCCAAGGGAGGCUCGCUUUCAGGCGGCUGCUAGGGAGCAAGGAUGGGGAAGGAAUUCGAGUGUGUGACAAUGACCCUCCUGGUAAAACUGGCCUAAUCCAAGGGAGGGCAGAAUUCUUCUUUGGAGCCCUGAACAAAAGUUCUUCUUCUUUCAAAAGGCUGGGGAUACAGUGCAACACUCUGUUGAAGGUCUGACUUGUAAAAUUGUGAAUGCAGUAGAUGCACGACAGAUACCGUACAUGCAGUAAAUCUGACUUGCAGAGUUAAUUGCUGCUUCAAGGUAGCAAUGGCCUCAAGCUUAAAUGUCCUUAAAAGAUCCAUCUUCUAAAGUAGACAAAUUCAUGGAAAAUUAUAUCUGUCAGUAGAAUAUAUACCUGUACCUUUCUCAUCUGUACAUAUUCUGACAGCUCUUUUAAAUCAAAAGGUUUCAAUAGGUCUUUAUCUGUCCUUAUGUUCUUGCCAUCAUAUUCAGAGGCAAUGCAUCUCUGAUUAGCAAAUAUUGGAACUAAGUGAUCCAGGAGGUUUAGAUCUCUCAUGAGCUUCCUUGUUCAGCACUGAUGUAGGCAGAAGGCUAGAUUUCAUGGCUGGUUGGUUGAAUCCAAAGGUAAUUCUUGUUAGAUUAUGCUAUUCUUCCGCUUAGCGUUCAUUCCUUUAAAAUGAGAGCUCCUUAGUGGAAGACUGUUCCCUCUAGCUCACAACCCCAGUGGUGCAACAAUGCCAUCGUGUGGCCAAUUUUAAUAAAAGCUGCUGGUGUGAAGAUGCUGAAAGGUCAUUUGUUUCUUCGCCUAGGGUCACCUCCAGACCAUCAGUAUUUUGCAGUAGAAAUUCAGUCAUGUACCAGGAAUGUAGGUGUGCACAGUUAAAGUGGAUUUAAAGCACUCUGGUGCUCUGAUGCAAUCAA